GCAGCGUCUGUGGUAACCUGGAGGCUGGAGAGGAGAGGGCCUAAGCCGGAGAGGUGGGCUCCCUGGCAAGGGUCCCUAGGCCGAGGUUCCGUGAGGGUCCCAAUUCCGGUCCUGGUGACUGGAGGAGGAGUGGGGGCCCUUCUCCCCAACUCCAGCCGAAAGGAAGCGGGCGUCCCUGUUUGGCCUAAUAGAGGGAAAAUGACUGCUGGUUCAGUGUGUGUCCCUCAGAUCAUACCAUUGCGACUGCCUCUGCCAGGAAAAGCCAACCAUGAAAUUGAUAACAAUACCCUUUUGGAAAUGAAAUCCGACACCCUAGAUGUCAACAUUUAUUAUACCCUGGAUGGCAGCAAACCUGAAUUCCUAAAGAGAGUUGGUUAUGGUGAAAAUACUACAUUUAAAUAUACAAAACCCAUCACUCUACCUGAUGGAAAAAUACAAGUUAAAGCUGUUGCUGUCUCUAAAGACUGCAGACAGAGUGGCAUUGUAACAAAGGUGUUUCAGGUGGAUUAUGAGCCACCAAAUACUGUCUCUUCAGAAGACAAUGUUGAAAAUGUUCUCAAAGAUUCUUCACAGCAGGAAUUGAAGAAUGGAUUUUUUGGAUCAAAACUAAGGAAGAAAUAUAAUGCCAAAAAUAAACAAGGCUGGAAUGUUAACUUUAGAAAGUUUGCAGACCUCGAGGUAGGUGAAAGAACUGACCCUAAAACAUUGAAAGAUCUUCACUUCUCAGAGAGUCCCCUGGAAAUCCCAGCUUACCAUGAAGAAUCAGGUUCUAGACCACCCACCCUCCAGUUUCAGUCCCCUAGUUUUGCACAUGCAACUGGCCAGAAGAGUUUGACAAGCACAGAGAUCAUGAGAAUUCAAAGGGACACAGACUUUCUUAAGUGUGCCCACUGCCUUGCCCCCCGCCCAUCUGAUCCCUUUGCUCGCUUCUGUCAAGAAUGUGGCUUUCCUGUCCCACCCAUGUUUGGCUGUCGUCUCCCACCCCCAGAAGGAGCUCAGAUGGGCUUAUGUGCAGAAUGUGGAAACAUGGUACCCAUGAACACUCCCAUCUGUGUGGUGUGUGAGGCCCCUCUUACUCUCCAGCUGCUGCCACAGGCCAGCCUCCGCUUGAAGGAGAAAGUUAUCUGCCACACCUGUGGCACGGGCAAUCCUGCCCAUCUGGAAUACUGUGUCACCUGCGAGGGGGCCCUGCCUUCAUCACAAGAGUCCAGGUGCAGUGGAGAUAAAGCUCCUCCUCUGCCCACCCAGAGAGGGGAGACCAUGUCCUGCUCCAAAUGUGGUCGCCGCAAUCGCCAGGAGGCUCGCUUCUGUGACUGGUGUGGCGCCAAGCCUGGCAUUCCUCCUUGCUACUCUGUUUGCCCUAAAUGUGGGGCCAGCAAUCACCCAUCUGCCCAGUUCUGUGGCUCCUGUGGUAUUUAUGUGAAGUCCUCGGCAAAACUUAGCAUGGACAAGAGCCUGUCUCUAGCUGCUGGAGGACUUGGCUCUUUGGCUGAGCCCCGAUCUGCCUGGCAGUUCCUGAGUGUUCCUUUGACCAGACCUGAUGCUGGCCCUAAGAAGGAUGUAGGCACACAGACCACUGGCCUGUUCUACCCAUCUGGCACAGUACUAGCCAAAAAGGAACUGGAAAUGGUUUCUGAAAAGCAGAGACGGGAGGAAAUGAGUGACCAUCAGCCUCUCCUCACAGCCAUCAGCCCAGGGAGAGGGUAUUGGAGAAAACAGUUGGAUCACAUCUCUGCUCACCUCAGGUCUUAUGCUCAGAACAACCCUGAAUUCCGGGCCUUGAUUGCAGAACCCAGGAUGGGAAAGCUUAUCUCUGCUACUGUCCAUGAAGAUGGAUAUGAAGUUAGCAUCAGGCUGAAUUAUAUUCAAGUCUCAAGUAAGAACACUUACCUCAACAAGGCAGUGAAUUUCAAUGACCACUUCCUGAGCAGUGUCACCGAGGGUGGUAAUGGGCUGUCCGGCAGCAGGUCCAGCUUGGUGAGUGACUAUAGCCAGAGCACCCCAGAUACCACUAAAAAAGUCAAGCGGACAAAGACUUUCAAGACCAAAAAAUUUCAAGAAAAGGAGGAGACGCUUACACCUGAGAACAGGCUCCUGCUGAGGGAGGUCGGAGCCACAGGGGAAGGAAGAGUUUCUGUGAUGGAGCAGCUGCUCGAUGACGGAGCAGAUCCCAACUGCAGUGAUAAUAAGGACCAACCCCUUAUAACCAUGGCUGUUGUGAAUAAGCACCAUGAAGCAAUUCCAGUUCUUGUGCAGAGAGGAGCAGACAUCGACCAACAGUGGGGACCGCUUCAAAAUACAGCUCUUCAUGAAGCAACUCUGCUUGGCCUGGAAGGAAGGGAGUGCAUUGCUACUUUACUGCGAUGCAAUGCAAGCACCCAAAAGAAGAAUAUGAGAGGCCAGACAGCAUACGACCUGGCGCUGGGAAUUGGGGAUGACUUCAUCACCUCGCUUUUCGCUGCUAAGCUUGGCCUGGAUGACUGUUAGACCCGAGGGUCUCUGUGGAGUUUCAUUUAAAGAACCCAUCCAGCUCUGGCUGUUCUUUGUUUAUUUCUUUCUGAAAUGUGUAUUUGUAAUUUGGGGAUUGAGGCUGAGGAGAACUCAUAUGAUUUUUUAUUAUACAUCAGUAUGAGCCACCAAUACCCCUUGGGUGUGUCCCGAUAUGCCCAGGAUGAUGAUGAGCUUAAGGUAUGUUUUUUAAUUGUUUAUUGGUGCUUAUUUUAUAAUCUUCCUUUAAGUUUAUUUUUCAACAGAUAAUUGCACAUGGUUCAAAGCUAAAAAGUAUAAAGUAUUAUAUAGUGAAAAAUCUCCCUCAUUUCCUGUCCAACCUCCACCCAUGGGCCCUCGUCAGAGGCAACCAGACAGAGUCAACUGUAUCUUUCCAGCAAUAGUUUAGGAUUAUGUAAGCACAUUAUAUAACAGAUGCAUAUGUACAAAGUGUACAUAAGAUAUAAAUACACAUGACACAGAUAUACUCCAUCCCCUCUUCUAGGAUAGAUAGUAGCAAAUCAUGCACUGUUCUGUGUCACAUUCCUUUGCAUAAUGUAUCUUUAGGUGGCUCCAAAUUAGCACAUAAAAAUAGGUUAUUUAAAAUAUUAGUCUUUUGUUGAACUCAAACUCCAAAGCUAUAGACAAUUCCUAUUGCUAUGGUUUGUUCUUUGGUUUAAAUAAGCUUUGAAUAAACUAUCUGCAGGAACAUGUAA